CCUCCGCCUGCGCCUCCGCUGGGCUCGGAACGUCCCGAGGCCGAAGGGCUCCUCUGGCGGCGGAGAGGCGGCCUCUGAGCAUCCACAGAGCGCCCCCCGCCGGGGGCUGGACGCCAGGCUCCGGAUCUUGACCCAAGAGAGAAGGAGGAUGUGGGGAGGGGGGACCCAGGACCGUGGGACUGAAGAGAGGAGCAGAGGGAGGAGGAGGAGGAGGCUUCUGUCCCUCCCUUCCUCCUCACAUUGGAGGGGGGGCGUGUUCAUUGCGUGGCACAUCAGCCCCCCCCCCCGGCUGGCAAGGAGGGGCUAGCUUCCCAAGCUAAAUCUGCAGCCUUCCCCCCCAACAGCUGGCUUCACAAAGCGGGUUCCUCUCCCUGAAGUCUCCCCACAAUGUCCCCACCAUCUCUGCUGCUCCUUUUGUUUUUCCUAACCCCCCUGGAGGGUGGAAGCCACGCAGCAGAAGACGAUAAUUUGUUGGUCCUCACUGUGGCUACCAAGGAGACGGAAGGCUUCAAGCGUUUCAGAACUUCAGCCCAGGUUUUUAACUAUAACCUCAAGGUCCUGGGAUUAGGCGAAGAAUGGCCGGAUCGAGAGGACCAGAGAGCGGCAACAGGUGGACAGAAGAUCCGCCUUUUGAAGUCGGCUUUGGAAGCCUUUGCAGAUAAGGAAGACCUGGUGAUCCUUUUCACCGACAGCUACGACGUCCUCUUUGCUUCAGGCCCUGCAGAAGCCCUGAAGAAAUUCAAGCAGGCCAAGUCAAAAGUCCUCUUCUCCUCGGAGACUCUCAUCUAUCCGGACCGGAGGCUGGAGGCCAAGUAUCCCCCGGUCCAAGAAGGGAACAGGUUCCUGGGAUCCGGAGGAUUCAUGGGUUAUGCUCCCUACCUCAGCCGGCUUGUGGCCGACUGGCAAGGCCGUGACAGUGAGAGCGACCAGCUGUUUUAUACCAACAUGUUCCUGGACCCUGAAAAGCGGAGGACCAUCAAUAUCACUUUGGAUCAUAGGUGCCGGAUCUUCCAAAAUCUUAACGGAGCUCUAGACGAAGUGGCUCUGAAAUUCGAAAACGGCCAGGUGAGAGUGCGGAAUCUGGCAUUUGAUACCCUCCCAGUUGUGAUUCAUGGAAACGGACCCACCAAGCUGCAGCUGAAUUAUCUGGGGAACUACAUCCCUCAAUCCUGGACCUUCGAGACGGGCUGCACCGUUUGCAAAGAAGGCCUGAAGAGUUUCCGUGGCUUGAAAGAAGACGCACUUCCUCUGACCGUGAUUGGUGUCUUUAUUGAGCAGCCCACCCCUUUCCUUGACCAGUUCUUCAAAAGGCUCCAGCUUCUUCGCUAUCCGAAAAAGAAAAUCCACCUUUUCAUCCACAAUCACGAGAAACAUCACCUGUCCCAGGUGAGCUCCUUUGUGGACGAGCACGGCCAGGAAUAUCGCUCCCUCAAAGUGAUGGGGCCGGAGGAGAAUCUGGAGAAUGCUGAUGCUCGCAACAUGAGCAUGAAUAUGUGCAAGCAGAACCCGGCGUGUGAAUAUUACUUCAGUCUUGAUGCCGAGGUGGUGCUCAAGAACCCCGAUACCCUGCAGAUCCUGAUGGAACAGAAUAAGUUUGUGAUUGCUCCUCUCGUGAGCCGCAUUGGGAAGCUGUGGUCGAAUUUCUGGGGGGCCUUGAGUCCUGACGGCUAUUACGCCCGCUCAGAGGAUUACAGGGACAUUGUCCAGAGGCAGAGGAUUGGCCUCUGGAACGUCCCAUACAUUUGUAGCGUCUACCUGGUCAAGGGCAGCGUCCUAAGGUCACAACUAGCCCAGCGGGACCUUUUCCACAGUGGCCAACUGGAUGCCGAUAUGGCUCUGUGCCAUAACAUCCGUGAGCAGGGGGUGUUCAUGUUUGUGACAAACCAGCAGCCGUUCGGGCACAUCCUGUCCUUGGAGAAUUAUCAGACAAGCCACCUGCACAACGAUCUCUGGCAAAUCUUCAGCAACCCGGAGGACUGGAAGUUGAAAUACAUCCACCCCAACUACACGGACGCCUUAAAGGGCAAAUUGGUGGAAACGCCCUGCCCGGAUGUCUACUGGUUCCCCCUGUUCACCGACGCGGCUUGCGACGAGCUGGUGGAGGAGAUGGAGCACUUUGGGCAGUGGUCCAAGGGAGACAACACGGACCAGAGGAUUCUAGGGGGCUACGAGAACGUCCCGACCAUUGACAUCCACAUGAACCAGGUCCACUUUGAGCGCGAGUGGUACAGAUUUCUCCUGGAUUACAUAGCGCCCAUCACGGAGAAGCUCUACCCCGGCUACCAUACCCAAACCCAGUUUGAGCUGGCCUUUGUCGUCCGCUACAAGCCGGACGAGCAGCCUUCCCUGAUGCCGCAUCACGACGCUUCCACGUUCACCAUCAACAUUGCCCUGAACCGCGUUGGGAUCGAUUACGAAGGCGGGGGCUGCCGCUUCAUCCGCUACAACUGCUCCAUCCAAGCCCCCCGGAAGGGCUGGACCCUCCUGCACCCGGGCCGCCUGACGCAUUACCACGAGGGCCUGCCCACCACCAAAGGGACUCGCUACAUCGCCGUCUCCUUCCUCGACCCUUAGAGCCGCCACGGGGGGGGAGAAAAACUGGGGGAGGGGGGAUGUUGUUUUGGGCCAACCCAUGUGACCCCCUUGGCUGCAGGAAAGAGUGCUGGACUUCUUCCGGAACAGAUCCUUUUGAUUGGACUCUACUUGAUCGCCAGGGGGAUUGCCUAGAUUCAGUAGGAUCCCUCAGGGGACUCUGCCCACGCUCAACCCCAGCCUGCCAGAGCCGUUUGACCGCCCUGCUUCCCACCAGGGGAGAGCGCCCCCCUCCUUCCUCCCUGCCUCAGUUUCCACAUUUUUCCUUCCAGCAGCAGUGGCCCAAGGCGUGUCAGAGUCCAAAGGGGGGUCCCUUCACACCGACAGAAGGGAGCCCCUUAAAACUAUUGCUGGCAUUUUUUUGCAUGGCACCCAGGAUGGCCACAAAAAGUUUGGAAAUGGGAUCGCUCGAGAGGACAACGCAGAACAUUCGUGGCAUCCCUUGUUCACCUUAGCUUUAUAUUUCUCUCUCUCUCUCGGGAAGCCGGGAAGAGGAGAAAAGCUUGGAAAUUUUUCAGGCACCUCGGAUCCCGAUGUCGGAGCAGAGAGUUUUUCUACCCAUGUAUUUAUUUAAAAGUCGCCCCCUUUGUUCAGUCGGCCACUUCUUCUGCACAAGUUGUACAGAUUUCGCUAGGAGAUAAAUUUUUUUUUUACGUUAAACGUCUGACAUUAAAAAGAGUUUUAUUUUAAAGAGCCAAAUGCC